AUAGGGGUUCAAACAAGAAAGCUAGGUGCUUGGGAAAAGCGCUUUCUUUCACGGGCUCCCUGAACCAGACCAUGACCCAGACUCUCAAGCUCGCCUCCAGAGUGUUUCAUCGCGUCCACCGUGCUCCCAAGCUGAGCGCCUCACUGGGUUCCAGAGGCUCCGACUCCGCGCCCAGGAGCUUGGCGGACAUCCCAGGCCCAUCCACGCCGGUCUUCCUUGCUGAACUUUUCUGCAAGGGAGGUCUGUCGCGGCUACACGAGCUGCAGGUGCAGGGCGUCGCGCGCUUCGGUCCCGUGUGGUUGGCCAGCUUCGGGAAGGUGCGCACUGUGUACGUGGCGGCCCCUACACUCAUCGAGCAGCUCUUGCGACAGGAGGGUCCCCGGCCCGAGCGCUGCAGCUUCUCACCUUGGGCAGAGCACCGUCGCCGCCGCCAGCGGGCUUGCGGACUGCUCACCGCGGAAGGCGAAGAAUGGCAGAGGCUCCGCAGCCUCCUGGCCCCGCUGCUCCUCCGGCCUCAAGCUGCCGCCCGCUACGCCGGAACCCUAGACGACGUGGUCCAUGACCUUGUGCGGCGUCUUCGGCGCCAGCGGGGACGCGGCGCUGGGCCGCCCGCUCUGGUUCGGGAUGUGGCAGGAGAGUUUUACAAGUUUGGACUAGAAGGGAUAGCCGCCGUGCUCCUGGGUUCACGCCUGGGCUGCCUGGAGGCCGAAGUGCCUCCAGACACAGAGACCUUCAUCCGCGCGGUGGGAUCGGUAUUUGUGUCCACGCUGCUGACCAUGGCGAUGCCUAGCUGGCUUCACCGCCUCGUGCCCGGACCCUGGGGCCGCCUCUGCCGAGACUGGGACCACAUGUUUGCAUUUGCCCAGCAGCACGUGGAGCGGCGAGAGGCCGAGGUAGCCUUGAGGAGCAAGGGAAAGCCUGAGGAGGACGUGGGAUCUGGGGCACACCUGACCUACUUCCUGUUCCAGGAAGAGUUGCCUGCCCCGUCCAUCCUGGGCAAUGUGACAGAGCUGCUACUGGCCGGAGUGGACACAGUAUCCAAUACACUCUCCUGGGCUCUAUAUGAACUCUCUCGGCACCCAGAAGUCCAGACAGCACUCCACUCUGAGAUCACAGCUGCCCUGGGCCCUGGCUCCAAUGCCCAUCCUUCAGCUACUGCUCUAUCCCAGCUACCCCUGCUGAAGGCGGUGGUCAAGGAAGUGCUAAGACUAUACCCUGUGGUGCCUGGAAAUUCCCGUGUCCCAGACAAAGACAUUUGUGUGGGUGACUAUAUUAUCCCCAAAAAUACGCUGGUCACACUGUGUCAUUAUGCCACUUCAAGGGAUCCUGCCCAGUUCCCAGAGCCAAAUUCUUUUCGUCCAGCUCGCUGGCUGGGGGAAGGUCCAGCCCCCCACCCAUUCGCAUCUCUUCCCUUUGGCUUUGGCAAACGCAGCUGCAUGGGGAGACGCCUCGCAGAGCUUGAACUGCAAAUGGCUUUGGCUCAGAUCUUGACUCACUUUGAGGUGCAGCCUGAGCCCGGUGCUGCCCCAGUCAGACCCAUGACCCGGACUGUCCUGGUACCGGAGAGGAGCAUUAACCUACAGUUUGUGGACAGAUAGUCCUGUGGAUGGAGGCUGUCAUCAUCACACUUUCUCUCAUUGCAGGGAUCUAUCAGGCACAAGACCAAGAGAUAUGUAUUCCCCCUGAAACCUGUCUAUCUGACCAGACUGGUUAAAGGGACCAUAGCAAACUGUUUGAGGCAGCCCUGACCAAGGUGUGAAGUAGGCAUUGGCCUCACCCAUCAGGCCCUGAGAAAACCAUGAUCCUUGUGUCUGCUCAGCCUUUCUUCUGGUCAUAUCAUAGGUAUCCUUCAAGGGCCAACUCAAAUUUUAACUAAUAAUGUUGGGUGGCCUGGGGAAGGACUCAACCACUGCCCUUUUGGGGCUUCUACAGUGUUUAGGAGCUGCUGGCUAAGCACUUAUCACCAUGUGAGCUAAGUGAUUGUGCAUCUGGUCUGCACCUGGCUCCUUGCAUGUGAGCUCUUUGAGAGGAAGAAUGAGACCUUAUUCAGUCUUUAUAUCCCCUGCCAAGGCCUAUCCCUGAUUGGGUGACUCCAUACAGGUUCUCAGAUUGAAUCUGGACCAUGUGGCAGAAGGGAUAAGCAGCUUAUCAGGCUCUGUCUACUCUCUUCCUUCCUCAUCUUGCCCCUACCAAGGAGAGUGUGCCCUCACCUGGUUUAUGAUGUUUUAAAACUCUCCUUGACUCUCUAAUCACUAUUAGGAGUUGGCUUGUCCCACCAGUUAGUUCCCAGACAGAGACGUCUUUGGGCCUGUACCUGCCUACACCUUCCUAUCAUAUGUGGAAUUUUUCAAUAUUCACAGUUUUGAAAUAAAAGAAUCGA